AUGGUCAAGCAAAUCGCCGGUUCCAAGGCCCUUCUUCUGGGUUCGGGCUUCGUCACUAAGCCUACUGUUGAGGUUCUCAGCAAGGCUGAUGUCGAGGUUACUGUUGCUUGCCGUACCCUCGAGAGCGCUAAGGAGCUCGCCUCUGGCUUCAAGAACGCCAAGGCCAUUGCUCUCGAUGUCAGCGAUGAUGCUGCCCUUGACAAGGCCCUCGAGCAGGCCGAUGUCGCCAUCUCCCUGAUCCCCUACACCUUCCACGCCCUGGUCAUCAAGUCCGCCAUCCGCACCAAGACCAAUGUCGUCACCACAUCCUACGUCUCCCCUGCCAUGAUGGAGCUCGAUGAGGAGUGCAAGAAGGCCGGAAUCACUGUCAUGAACGAGAUUGGUCUUGACCCUAACGCAAUCAUACGAAUUGAUCACUUGUACGCUGUGAAGGCUAUCCACGAGGUCCAUGCCGCUGGCGGUAAGGUCACCGGCUUUGUCUCCUUCUGUGGUGGUCUCCCCGCCCCCGAGUGCUCCAACAACCCUCUGGGUUACAAGUUCUCCUGGUCCAGCCGUGGUGUACUCCUCGCUCUCCGCAACGCCGCCAAGAUCUACCAGGGUGGUAAGGUUGUAAGCAUUGACGGCCCCGACCUGAUGGCCGCCGCCAAGCCCUUCUUCAUCUACCCCGGCUUCGCCUUCGUCGGAUACCCCAACCGUGACUCCACUCCCUUCCGUGAGCGCUACGAGAUCCCCGAGGCCCAGACCGUCAUUCGCGGUACCCUCCGUUACCAGGGCUUCCCCGAAAUGAUCAAGGUCCUCGUCGACACCGGCUUCCUCAGCGACGCCCCCAACAGCGUGUUCGAGACUGCCACCUCCUGGAAGGAGGCUACCAAGCAGGUCCUCGGCGCCACCUCUUCCUCCGAGCACGACCUCCAGGCUGCCGUCUCCUCCAAGACCAGCUUCCCCAACAACGACGAGCGUGACCGCCUCCUCUCCGGUCUCCGCUGGAUCGGUCUCUUCUCCGACGAGCAGAUCAUUCCCCGCGGCAACGCCCUCGACACUCUCUGCGCUACCCUCGAGAAGAAAAUGCAGUACGGUCCUGGCGAGCGUGAUCUCGUCAUGCUCCAGCACAAGUUCGAGAUUGAGAACAAGGACGGCUCCAAGGAGACCCGUACCUCUACACUCUGCGAGUACGGUAACCCCGCUGGUUACUCCGCCAUGGCCAAGCUUGUCGGUGUUCCCUGCGGUGUCGCUGUUAAGCAGGUUCUUGAUGGUACCAUCAGCCAGACUGGUGUCCUUGCUCCUAUGAGCAUGGAGAUCUGUGCUCCUCUUAUCAAGACCCUGAAGGAGGACUACGGUAUUGAGCUCAUUGAGCGCACUCUGUAA